AGAUUUUUCAACAAAAUCAGCAUCAACGAGGAAGAUGGUCAACCAGGCUUGUAUCGUUGGAUGCGGAUUAGGGGUACCUCUGUAUCCCUUCCCACCAGAGGGAGAGAUCGGCCGAAAUGUCGUUUUGGCCUAACGGACCGGAAUGGGCGGCGUGAAUGGUUACGGCUGUUGGGUGUGACUGGCUCGACAGCAAAAUUUAUUUUCGCAUGCCAAAGGCAUUUUUCCCACAAGGUGAGAGGGGGAAGGAUCCUCUAUAGAUGGGCAGUUCCGGACAUUAAUUUAAGAGUAUGUUCGCCCCCAGUGACAGUUGAUAGGGAAAAUUACUUAGGUAGUAUUAUAGAAGCAGAUAUUUUAGUUGACCGAAACACACAAGAGUCUGUAAUAGAGUUAGGCGUCGAAGAUUUUCAACCGGUACUUGCUUCGCCCAAAGAGGCAGAAAGGGCUUCAACCUCAAAUAUUGUUGAAGAUUCCUUAGAAGAGUCCCUUCCACCCGCUUCACAUGAUGAAGCGUAA